AAUUGAUCCAGAAUUAGAAGGUGAACAACAAAUACAUGUUCUUAUUACCUAUGAUGAAACAACUUUUCAAUCAAAUGAUAGACAAAAAUCAGGAAGAACUAUUCAUAUUAGUGAUUUUUUAACUGAUACAAAUGAAAGAUUAAAAUUAAAUGAAGAAGAGAUUGAUAGCACAAUUUUAAAUGAAGCUCAUGUUAUAAUUAAUCCUAGGAAAAAUUUUGAUGAAUGGUAG